AUGGCUGAGAAUGAAGGUUCUAUAGGGACUUCCAUGCAUGGAGUCACGGGCAGAGAGCAAACUUUUGCCUUCUCGGUUUCAACAACUGAUAACAAUAUGGCAAAAUUUGCUCUACCCGUUGAUUCAGAGCAUAGGGCCACAGUUUUCAAACCAUUAUCAUUUGCUAAGCCUCACAUGAGAACCUUUCACCUUGCUUGGAUCUCCUUUUUCACUUGUUUCAUUUCUACUUUUGCUGCUGCACCCCUUGUUCCCGUCAUUCGAGAUAAUCUGGAUUUAACGCAAGCAGAUAUUGGUAAUGCCGGUGUUGCUUCAGUUUCUGGAAGUAUAUUAUCCAGGCUGGUUAUGGGUGCAGUCUGCGACCUAAUUGGUCCAAGAUAUGGGACUGCAUUUCUUCUGAUGCUAUCAGCCCCAACUGUUUUCUGCAUGUCAUUUGUUUCGGAUGCCCAGGGCUAUUUGGCGGUUCGGUUCAUGAUCGGUUUUUGCCUCGCGACGUUCGUUUCGUGUCAGUACUGGACGACGAUAAUGUUCAACGGCAAGAUCAUAGGGCUUGUCAAUGGGUGUGCUGGUGGAUGGGGUGACAUGGGUGGUGGAGUCACUCAACUCUUUAUGCCCUUAGCUUUUCAUUUAAUCAAGCUCGCUGGUGCAACCCCUUUCACUGCCUGGAGGAUUGCCUUUUUCAUCCCUGGCUGGUUUCAUGUCAUUAUGGGCAUCCUGGUCUUAACCCUUGGCCAAGACUUGCCUGAUGGAAAUCUUAGAGCCCUUCAAAAGAAGGGUCAAGUUUCCAAAGAUAAGUUCUCCAAGGUUUUUCGAUAUGCCGUCACAAACUAUAGAACAUGGAUCUUUUUCCUUCUUUAUGGGUUCUCAAUGGGCAUUGAAUUGACUAUUAACAAUGUCAUCUCAGGAUACUUUUAUGACAGAUUCAAUCUUAAACUCCACACUGCUGGGACUAUAGCAGCAAGCUUCGGCAUGGCCAACUUCUUUGCUCGUCCCUUCGGCGGUUAUGCCUCUGAUGUAGCAGCGAGAUUGUUUGGCAUGAGAGGCAGGCUAUGGAUCCUUUGGUUCUUCCAGACCCUAGGAGGUGCCUUCUGCAUCUGGCUCGGCCAAGCCGAUUCACUUCCCGUUGCCAUCUUAGCAAUGAUCCUCUUCUCGCUCGGGACCCAAGCUGCAUGCGGUGCAACUUUUGGGGUCGUCCCAUUUGUUUCACGUCGAUCAUUGGGACUAUUAUCGGGUCUCACCGGCGCCGGAGGGAACUUCGGGUCGGGUUUGACUCAGUUAGUGUUUUUCUCUAGCUCGAGAUUCUCGACGGCCACCGGCCUCUCAUUGAUGGGUGCUAUGGCCGUUGUUUGCACGAUACCCGUGGCGUUUUUGCACUUCCCACAGUGGGGAAGCAUGUUUCUUCCUCCUUCGAAAGACCCUCUAAAAUCCACUGAAGAGCACUAUUACAUGUCGGAAUGGAAUGAGGAUGAGAAACAAAAGGGCUUGCAUGAAGGAAGUGUCAAGUUUGCUGAAAACAGCCGUUCCGAACGUGGGAAACGGGUCGGUAACGAGGUUUCAUCUGCACCGACUCCCCCAAGCUCCACACCGGUCCACGUUUAAUGUACAUGGCAUUAGUUUGAAUCGACAUGUAAUUAGCAAUAAGUCGAGCGUAGCUAAAGCUGAGGUUAUUGAGAACUCUUUUCUUAAUUUCCUCCAAUU